AUGAUCCGGCUGAACAGUUGUCAUUUCACACAAACAUCUCAAUAUGCAUUGUGUCUCGGUAUCCAUUCUUCUAUCCAUUCAAAAGGUUUUUGUUCUACAUUCAUCGAAUGUCUUUAUCGGCUUCGACAAUUCACGCGGUUCCUAUUGAGCGGUUAUAUUUCACAUCUUAUGUAUGAAGUGUCGUUUCCCUCUUUGCGGAGACCUCCACAAGAUGAACAACAACUACCACAAUAUGGAGCUGCUCUGUUUGAAGCGUUAAAGAGUCUCGGUGCUGAUAACAUGAUGUAUCUACUGCCAUGGUUGCUGACUGCCGUUGCGGAGAGUGUUUGUACAUUGAUGUUUCCAUUUCAUUGGCAAUGCCCCUAUGUUCCCACAAUGUCCACCAAAUAUUUUGACCUGUAUGAAGAUCCGCCCCAUGAUGUUACUUGUUUUGACUUGGAUACUCAGACGAUCAGUGGAAGCACGGCUCGCCAUGAAAUCAAAACCAACAUUCUCCCAAAGAAACCGAUGAAACGAUUACGAGCAGCCCUGGAGGCGUUGAAUAAACAAAUUCAAACACAAGACUUUGCUGUGGGUCAGAUGCAGACAAAAGCUGACUAUGUGGAGACCCGAUCUGGAACAACAAGUACAACU